AGAAGAGCAUUCAUUGGCAAUCCGAGUAACUUCUUGUGUUGUAAACACAGCGACGUAAACAUUUUGCACGAAGAUGUGAAUGACAUUAUGAAACGCAGACUAUGCGUUUAUAUAACUGCGCUUUUCAGAUUAACAACCGAUGUAGAGAUUUUUAGUUAAAGACAUAAUGGAGCUGAACGGCUUCCACUGCGACGGCGAGGGAUGUGCGGAGGAGCAAGAAGAAGAGCCGCUCGGGCUGCCUCGGUCAAAGGCGGAAACUUCAUGUAGCAUAGCUGCUACAGCGGGUGCGGACGGCGCAGCGGCCGGCUGCAGUGCGCUGCGAGAGCGGCCGAUGUCAAAAUCGACGCCGGCGCUGCUGAGGCUCGAUUCGCUGAAAAAGAACAGGCCGCCUUUCCCAUGGUUUGGCAUGGACAUUGGUGGCACAUUGGUGAAGCUGGUCUACUUUGAGCCCAAAGACAUUACAGCAGAAGAAGAACAGGAGGAGGUGGAGAGUCUGAAAAGCAUCCGCCGCUACCUCACUUCACACACCGCCUAUGGCAAAACAGGCAUACGAGAUGUUCACCUGGAGCUCUCUGACCUCACCCUUUGGGGCCGCAAGGGCAACUUGCACUUCAUCCGCUUUCCCACGCACGAGCUGCCUGCCUUUCUGCAGAUGGGCCGAGACAAGCACUUCUCCAGUCUGCACACCACCCUCUGUGCCACUGGAGGUGGUGCGUUUAAAUAUGAAGAUGACUUCCGUACGAUGGCCAAUCUGCAGCUGCUGAAGCUGGAUGAGCUUGACUGCCUGAUAAAGGGGGUUCUCUACAUUGACUCAGUGGUCUCGAGUGGUCAGCCUGAAUGUUACUAUUUUGAGCAUCCAACAGACCCUGAGCGCUGUGAGCAGAAGGCAUACAACCUGGAGAACCCCUAUCCUCUGCUGCUUGUCAACAUUGGCUCUGGUGUCAGCAUACUGGCUGUAUAUUCCAAAGACAACUACAAACGUGUCACCGGUACCAGUCUUGGUGGUGGUACAUUCCUUGGGCUGUGUUGCCUGUUGACUGGAUGCUCCACCUUUGAGGAGGCAUUGGCAAUGGCCACAGAAGGGGAGAGUACACGUGUAGAUAAACUAGUCAGAGACAUCUAUGGUGGCGACUAUGAGCGAUUUGGCUUGCCAGGAUGGGCCGUUGCCUCCAGCUUUGGGAACAUGAUGUGCAAAGAUAAGAGAGACUCUGUCUCCAAGGAGGAUCUGGCAAGAGCAACACUUGUCACCAUCACCAACAACAUUGGCUCAAUCACGCGCAUGUGUGCACUUAACGAGAACAUUCAAAGAGUGGUAUUUGUUGGGAACUUUCUGCGAGUAAACACAUUAUCCAUGAAACUCCUCGCUUAUGCUUUGGACUACUGGAGCAAAGGACAACUCAAAGCCCUGUUCCUGCGACAUGAGGGUUAUUUUGGUGCGGUUGGUGCACUUUUGCAGUUACCAAACCCAUCCUGAUCUGCUAUUCAAUCAAGAGUUUUACAGACGGAACAUUUUAUGCAAACAGACCAAAUUGCCUUCCAAUAUCAGACAAUGUCCUCAACUAGGCAGACCGAGGUCUGACAUCUUAUAAAUACUAAAACUAUGGUAACAUUUCUUAAUAAUAUGCUAUAUAGUCAGGUUAAACAAUCAGAAUUAAAUAUACGUCUAUACUAGUUUAAGGAAUUACUGCAAACAUCGGAAUGGUUUAGAGCCUAAAAACAUAUCUUAUGUAAAAACAACCAUUUGAUAUGAGAUCUGAUACAUGGCUUAAAUCCCAAUCGGGUGAUUAGACAUCAUUUAUAAUGUGUCAGCUGCCAUCUUAUACUCUACUAUCAUUAUUGGCUAUGAUCCGAUGCUGCAUCAAGCAGAAAUACAGUGACUGAAACAUGUAUUAUUUAUGUAAUAAUUAUGGUACAUUGCACUAUUUUGGGCACUAUAUCAUUAUUUACUCAAAGCAAGCUGAUAAGCACUUUUUUGCUCAUUUUGCUCUCUUGUUUAUGUAACUGAUGCAACACAAAUGCAAAAUUACAAAAUAUAUGUUUUCCGUUGUAAUCAUAGUGAGGUCAGAAUCUGAUUUAAGGAAUGUUAUGAAGCUCGUAUUAUGUUUGUAGAGAAACAGUGUUGUUUUGACUUUUUUUUUGCGUAACUGUGAGAGAGAAAAGGACCAGGUAAAACUUUGACCUAUUUUCAGGGAGGGGAACAAAAACAAAAACUUUUACACUGUGGAUAAAUCUCCCCUUCAAACCUGAGAACUGUUUUCUAUUGCCUUCUCUUUAUAGUCUAUCUUACUUGCUUAUUGCUCAAGUCUGUAUAAAUAAUAGACAGUUUGUUCCCUCUUCAGCAAAUAAGAAGUGCCUUGCCUUUUGUGUUUGAAACAUGGAAAACAGGUAUUGUUCUUCAACAAAAACAAAUUGUAAUUUUUUUAAAAUAAAUAAAUCAUAUAAAUUACAAUA